AUGUGGUGUGAUAGCAUUAGCAUAUGUUGCUUCCAUGUUAUCGCGUUGCCAGGGCGGAUAGAUGUGUGGAACUAUGAUAUCAUUCUUUGGCGUGGAUUGCCUGUUUGGGGCCCCAUGUACGGCGUUUCUGCGGGCGGGGUAUGGUGUUUCUCCGGGCAGGUCGACUUACUGCAAGGUUUGAAUUCUGGAUAUGCGAGGCAUAGUUCUUGA